ACCCGGAAGUACGCUUCCCACAUAAUGCAUCUGAUCUGAUAUCUACAUCCCGUUUAGCAAAACUGCGCGCUAAAUUCAAAACUCAAAAACCAAUCUCAGGGUUUCUUAAGGUAUGGAGGGUGACAUAAUGGAGGUAGGAGAUCUGAAGCACAACCCGGAUGAUAUGACCACCAUUCAUGUGGAGGUUCAUGUCAAAUCAAGCAGUACUGCUGAGAGGUCUGAUGUGAAGAUGCACGUUCUGGCUCUGCUGAAGCGUCACUGCGUGGUGUUCGGGGUGUACAGAUGGACAGAAUUUGACGAGGACUUCCUCACCAAACAUGUGCAGUCGGUGGCGAUAGUGGACACUGAGAGAAAGCCCAUAGAUCUGAAAAGCUGCUGUCUUUCCAUCCACAUCUUCGUCCUGAAUGAGGACGGGCCCAGCACUCUUACUCUGGAGGAAGACGAGGAGCUCUCUGCAGCCAAUCACUGGCUUUUGCCAGCCGCUGAAUUCCAUGGGAUCUGGGAGAGUCUGGUGUAUGAUAGCGGAGUGAAAACGCAACUUUUGGAUUACGUCUCAACGACAAUUUACUUCUCUGACAAAAACGUGGACAGCAACCUGAUUUCAUGGAACCGGGUUGUCUUGCUUCAUGGUCCUCCUGGCACUGGGAAGACGUCUCUGUGUAAAGCUCUGGCCCAGAAGCUGUCAAUAAGACUAGCCAACCGGUACACCUACGGACAGUUUGUUGAGAUCAACAGCCACAGUUUGUUUUCCAAAUGGUUCUCCGAGAGUGGUAAACUGGUCACGAAGAUGUUCCAGAAGAUUCAGCAGCUGAUCGACGACAAGGAAGCUCUCGUGUUUGUUCUAAUCGACGAGGUGGAGAGUCUGACUGCGGCGCGGAACGCCUCGCAGGCCGGAACGGAGCCCUCCGAUGCCAUCCGGGUGGUGAACUCUGUCCUCACCCAGCUGGACCAGAUAAAACGACACCCAAAUGUAGUGAUCCUCACCACGUCCAACGUGACAGAGAAGAUAGACCUGGCGUUUGUGGACAGAGCUGACAUCAAGCAGUACAUUGGCCCUCCAUCUGUGGAGGGUAUCUUCAGCAUCUACCUGUCUUGUCUCCAGGAACUCAUGAAGUGCCAGAUCAUCUACCCCAGACAGCAGCUGCUGACCAUGUUUGAGCUGGAGACGAUGGGCUUCAGGGAGUGCAACGUGUCAGAACUUAGCCUGGUUCUCAGGAACAUCGCCACAAAGAGCAAAGGCCUCAGCGGAAGAGCUCUAAGGAAACUCCCCUUUCUGGCCCAUGCCCUGUUUGUGAAGACCCCCACUGUGUCCCUGGAGAGGUUUCUGGAGGCCAUGGACCUGGCGGUGGAUAAACAGAUUGAGGAGAGGACCCAGCUGCUGAACUGUGUCUGAUUUAUCACGCCUGAACCAGUCUGGCCCUGCCUUAACAUCAGACUCUGUACAAUGACAGAGAUGCCGAAAACCAACUGCCCAGUAGUUCCACUAAGAGUAUUGAACGCAGAUGAACAGCUUUGUCUUGGUUGUGUUUUGGUGGCUGCCACAGUGUUUGACUGUGAAAGGGAAGCUUGCCUAUUGGUCAUCUCGAUAUCUGGGGUUUCUUGCUUGUGUCCAUGUCAUUUAUCUAAGACCACCCAAAUGUAUAUCGUGUCAGAUACGCAAUGUAAGAGCCGCAAAAGGGCUGGUCUGACUACCUGUGUAGCAACAGUCUGCAAACAUAAGAUGUCUCACAAGUUGAAACCACUCAGGAUCACCAUUAUCACCAAGCUGAUUGGAUUUUUGUGUUGGGUUCCUGCAUAGGAUCUCAAUGCAGCUUUAAACAGCAUUUGAUGGAACAGAUCUGCUUUUAUCCCAAGCUCUACCGGCUGGCAUUUCAUGUCUGUUUUAUUUAACGGUUAAGGAAUAUGCUUUUUUUUUUUUUUUUUAUCAUUUUCUCACAACUAAAAUGUUGGUACACUGUCUACUGAAAGAGGAAGCCAUUUUAACACUAGACAGUUUUCAAAGGAUCACAGUCGACCAUUAUAGUGUUCCAAUGUCCUGACAUUGUAGGGGCUAGUUUUGUGAACGCAGAUUGAGCUGGUCUAGAACUAAUAACAGCUGGUCUAGAACUAAGAACAGCUAGUCUGGAGCUAAAAACAAAAGAUCGAGCUCAAGGGCGAAUUCCAUUGAGUUUUUUCUUAAUCUGUGUCUGUGAAAUCAAUUCCAGUUGGCCCAAGUGUCCUUAUGGUGUGUUCUGUUUUUAAUAGGCCUUGGUUGUGUGCAGAGUUUGCAUUUAAUGACUGUUGGAAUUUUUUUCUGUACGAGUGUGUUUUCUUCUUUGCGUUUGAUAUGUGGUGCAAAGAAACAGAAAGAUAAUCUUUCUGGUACCGUAAAUUAUUACAAAUGCGAUGUUCUAAAUUGCCCAUGUAGGAAAAGUUCACUCUAAAUGUUCAGUUCUGAUUAAUUUAGAACAUUUGUGGUAGGUAGUUUUCUUUUGUACACAGCAAUGUGUCAUGUACUGUCACAAAACAUCAAAUGCUCUUUGUGCCAACUCAGGAUUAAAACGUUUCUAACAAACCUGUUUGUAUAUUACAUGAAUAUUAAAGUCUUUA